AUGAAAGAUCGAUACUUUGGCUGUCGAGGCGGCCGCCUCACAUUCUGGGUGACUGUGAGCUGCACAACUGCCAUGGCGCUUUUUGGUUACGACCAAGCAGUAUUCAGUGGCGUGGUCAUCACGCAGGAUUUCUUAAAUGCCAUGAAUCACCCGGAUGCAAACCUGGUUGGCACCAUUACUUCUCUUUACGACGUGGGUUGCUUCUUUGGUGCCGUCUCGGGAUCCUUAUUUGGCGCUCGCCUGGGCAGGAAAUGGUCUGUUAUAAUCGGGACCAUGGUCAUGAUCAUAGGGGCAAUUCUUCAGACCACAGCUUAUUCAGUCCCUCAUAUGAUCGUGGGCCGUCUUGUGGCUGGUCUCGGUAAUGGCCUGAAUACAGCGACUGCGCCAGUCUGGCAAAGUGAAACGACCAAGCCGAGUUGGAGAGGAAAACUGGUUGUUCUCGGUUUGGUCGUGAAUGUAGCUGGCUUUUGUCUUGCCAACUGGGUCACAUAUGGAUUCUCCUAUCUCGAUGGAAGUAUCGCGUGGCGAUUUCCACUCGCUUUGCAACUUCUUUUUGGAAUCGUCAUUCUGAGCACAGCCCCUUGGCUUCCUGAAUCACCUAGGUGGCUGAUUUCGAAGGAUCGAAUCGACGAAGCAACCCAAGUGCUUGCCGACCUUCAAGGUGAUGGUGCUACCACCGUUACUCCCUCCGUCAUUGUAGAAAAGAACGAGAUUCUCAUAGCCUACCGCGCUGAGAAGGACAAUGCGGUGAGCUGGUGGGAUCUUUUGCGAAAUAGAACAAACGAUGGUAAAUCGGGCACUCUGCGUCGGUUUGUCCUCGGUCUUGGAACGCAAGUCAUAGUCCAGCUCUCUGGCAUCAAUGCGACAUCAUAUUAUCUUCCAACAGUGUUGACUGCAUCCGUUGGCUUACCAGAGAAGCGAGCCCGGCUGCUGACCGCAGUAAACGGCAUUCCCUACACUAUAUUCUCGUUCCUCGGAAUGAUGAUGAUUGACAGGUGGGGUCGUCGUGGUGCAAUGUUAUUUGGCUCAUCCGGCUCUGCCUGUUGUUACCUCGUCUUGGCACUGUUGAUCUGGGCAAACAGCAAUACCGAAAACCCCCAACUUGCGUACAAUUAUGGCGCCGCUUCAGUUGCUAUGAUCUUCCUCUUUUAUGCAUUCUUCGGCACGGGCUGGCAAGGCACAGCCUGGCUCUACAACACGGAAAUAAACUCGUUGAAUAUGAGAAUGAAGGGUGCUGCCGCCAGUGUAGCCACCCAAUGGGCAGUGAACUACAUGGUCGUACAAGUGACACCUGUUGGGAUCGAGAAUUUGGGAUGGAGAUUUUAUCUCAUCUGGGUGUUCUUCAACUGGUUCUCGAUUCCAAUCAUCUAUCUCUUUUAUCCGGAAACAUCGAAUCGGCGGCUAGAGGACGUAGAUGCCGUGUUCAAGGAAGGGUUGCGGUUUUGGGUGUUUUUGGAUCGAGAAGCGGUGCAGGUUCGACGUCCGGAGAGAUUCGUGGUGAACGAUCAACAGGAGGCAGAAGUGGCGAGGAAGGAGGUGAAACUAGACGAAGAAGAUGUUGGCCAAGUAGAGCAAGUUGAGAGGAUGUAA